GGCUACCCUAUUGGCUUUGGAUGCCCCCUCUAAUCAACUUUAUUAGCAGGCUUUGAUUAACUAACUGGAGCCCCACUAAUCUUUUUUCCUUUGCGGGAGCUUCUAAGUUCUAUCACUAUCGACACUCUACUUUGUCCCACCAAAAAACAUAUUCGUUCCUUACCUAUUCUUACUUGAUCUUGAUUUAUAGGUCUUCUAAAAUCGGCAAACAAUAAUAAGAUCAUUGUACGAAGAUAUAAGAAAAUAUGUCCCUUAAUAUUCCCAGCGCUCCCAACGCUGGCCUGUUCAAGGGAGGCUAUAAUAACUACGAUUCAGAAGAUGGGGCUGUACUACGAAACAUCGACGCUUGCCGAGCUAUUGCCUCGACAGUCCAAACCUCCCUAGGACCCUAUGGCCGAAAUAAAAUCAUCAUCAACCAUCUACAGAAGAUGAUCCUAACUUCUGAUGCUGCUACUAUCCUGAAGGAACUUGAUGUCGUUCACCCCGCCGCCAAGCUCAUAGUUAUGGCCAGUCAGCAGCAAGAGGCCGAGAUGGGCGAUGCUACCAACCUCGUCAUCGUUCUCGCUGGUGAAUUGCUGAAGAAGGCUGAGGAUUUGCUCCGCAUGGGCUUGAAAACCGCCGAUAUAGUCACCGGUUACGAGCGCGCCCAAACAUUUGCCCUCGAAGCUUUGGAAGAUCUUGUCGUGGACAAGGUAGAGGACAUCAGAAACCAGGACGAGUUGAGCAAAGCAAUCCGAACAGUCGUGGCGAGUAAGCAAAACGGAAACGAGGACGCACUAGCCCAACUAGUAUCCGAGGCUGUCCUUGCCGUACUUCCCAAGAACCCAGCCAACUUCAAUGUCGACAACAUUCGAGUAGUCAAGAUCAUGGGUGGAAGCCUGGACCAGAGCAAGGUGGUCAAGGGUAUGGUAUUCCCUAAGGAACCUGAUGGAUCUGUCAAAAAGGCUACCAAGGCCAAGGUCGGUGUCUUCUCAUGCCCGAUCGACACCAGCCAGACCGAGACUAAGGGCACCGUCUUACUACACAACGCCAAGGAAAUGAUGGACUUCACUACGGGCGAAGAAUCUCAGCUGGAGGCUGCCAUCAAGGAGCUUCACGAUGCCGGUCUCAGGGUCGUGAUUGCUGGCUCGACUGUAGGAGAGCUUGCCAUGCACUACCUCAACCGAUAUGGUAUCCUCUUCAUCAAAAUCCUGAGCAAGUUUGAACUACGACGAAUCUGCCGAGUCGUCGGUGCUACGCCUCUUGCAAGACUAGGCGCCCCUAUGCCAGAUGAAAUGGGAUCCGUUGACGUGGUGGAGACCCUCGAAAUUGGUGGGGAUCGUGUGACAGUGUUCAGACAGGAAGAUGAGGUUACAAGGACAGCAACUAUCGUCCUCAGGGGUGCUACGCAAAACCAUCUCGACGAUGUUGAGCGAGCAGUAGACGACGGAGUGAAUGUGGUGAAGGCCAUCACCCGUGAUGCACAGCUGGUACCUGGCGCAGGUGCAACAGAGUUACAGUUGGUGGGAAGAAUACAAGCUUUUGCCGACAAGACGUCGGGCUUGCCCCAGUAUUCUAUUCGAAAGUAUGGUGAAGCAUUCGAGGUCGUUGCCAGGACGAUAGCGGAAAGUGCUGGUCUAGAUGCUACAGAAGUACUGAGCAGACUGUACACAGCGCACAACAAGAAGGAUGGCUGGACUAUUGGUGUCGACAUUGAAAACAACGAUGGCACUGGCACGCUAGAUGCUAAGAAGAACGGCAUCAUGGACCUCAUGGUCACCAAGUCCUGGGCUAUUAAACUGGCGACGGAAGCGGCACGCACGGUGCUCUCCGUAGACCAGAUCAUUGUAGCGAGACAAGCUGGAGGGCCGAAGCCGCCAGGACCGAACCCCAACUGGGAUGAGGACUAAGGGAAUGGUAUCAUGGUCGUCUAAAACAAAAUAGGUCACCUGUAUUUCUAGGAGACGGGUUUAUAUUGUACACACAUAUAGACGGUUAUCCUACAGAAUACCAGAGAUGUCGAUUGACAUUUGUUGAUAGCCAUACACUCCAAGCUACCUAGGUAGUAUGUGGUUUACCCUUUAUAGAUUUUCCUUAUGUGACCUUGAUAUCAUCUCAAUUAAACUAGUCUCGGAGCACACGAUCAUCGAACCCAAACAGGGAUUUCACCUCCACCCCUUAUUGCCAGACUAAGUUGAUCCAGCCGAUUAGUGUAUGUUAGAAGUAGUAAUGGGGUACUUAUGCUAAAGCCG